UUCACCUCCCCAUCCUGCCUGUACCUUCUGUCUGCCUAUGAUCCUCAAGUACAGCGGUUGUUGACCCCGAAGAUACUUUGUUCACUUGUCAACAAUGAAUGAGUAAAGAAAUAAGCACUCUAAUUGACUGUGGAUAGUACGAAGAUGUGGGGGUCUUGGUUACACAAGAAAAACAUGUCUGCCUUUACUUGUCCUUUUUACUUGUUUUUGUUUCAUUCUGACAUCGGUUAUAUUUGGAGACUCAUGCUUCAUAACCCCACCGCUGCACUUUGGUUGCUUUUACUGUCCUACCUAUUAUUGAUGUUUAAAUGCUUUUAACAAACUUAAAUCCGAAUUACUGUUUAAAUCAUGACUAGAAUACUGAUACUGACAAACUCAACAUUUUAUUUUGUAAGAAAAAUCCCCAAAACUUUAAGCACAAAUGAAACUCUAAUAAAGUGUAUACACUGAAUACGCAAGUCGUUCAUUAUUUACAACUUCACACUUUAUUCUUCAACUUAAAAGAGGUGGAUGUUCAUGGCUAUCUAGAUCGGUUGUGUGUUACAUAUACCUUUAUGUAUGUGGAUUUCAGUAUACAAUUUAUAUGGGAUCAUAACCUCAAGGCAUCUUCCCAGGAUCACAUGACGUUGGUGCUAGCGAGUUGAUAAGGAUGGGUGACUAUACUCAUUGUGAAAUCAAUCCCGGGGGAAGUUAAUGUCACAAACGGGUGCUGGGUGGGGAUCUGCAGGUCCCCUGGGGACAAAACAUUGCAGCUCCUGAUGGGUCCACGAAGAAAAGGAGCUCACAUGAUCUUGCUAUGACUUGUCUUCUCUGUGUGUGUGUGUGUGUGUGUGUGUGUGUGUGUGUGUGUUAUGCUUGGAUGGGUUGAUGCGCUCCUCUUCUUUGUCCUCCAUAGUAUGCAGAUGAGUCGCAGCGCACCGUUAGGAAUGAGCUAUCCAGAAGGGAAGGGAAAACUCCUCGCCACUCUUUUUUCGCCUGAACUGGAACGAACUGUGAAUAAAAAAACAUUUUGACUGUUUGACAGCUGGGAGAGUUCUAAAUUUGCAACGGUAGGCCUGCUGUGUAUGCCAAAUGUUAAUUUGGAGUAAGAUGGUCUGAAACAUGUUGGGACUUGGUGUGACUUUGAAAAACAAAUGGUUUCACCUUCAAACUUCAACUUUUAUUUUUCAGCCGCUUUGUUCAUCCCUUCAUUACUCUAACGAGGCCUGGGUCGACGGAGGACUCGUUCAGCUCCUCUCCUCCUACGCAUGGGACACCCGCUUAACACUUUCUGUUAGUCCCCGGUUUGACCUUCAGGUAAUCCUUCUGGAUCAUUGUCCCUUCAGCAAGUCUGUACCUGCUGGUUCCGCUUACUGCCCGGUCUCCAUAGCAAUGGGAUCUACAUUCAGCCAGUUCUGCAUGCGCUGCUGCUGCUGCUGCUGUGCUGCGGAAGAAGACGACAACGACGAGAAGCAGGCUUUACUUCCUCCAGACCCCCUGGAGUACUUUGACCGUGAGGUCCAGAAGCGGCGGGACCAGGAGACCAACCUGUGGAGUGAGCCGGGGGACCCCAGCCACUCUGAGAGAGACGACGACCGGGCCCUCUACGGCCUGCUCCAGGCUCGGGGCAAGACUCGCUCGGGCUCCACGAGGUUCCGGCGCCUGAGCGUAGACAUCGAGGCAUUGAGAGAUACACGGCGAGAGGUCAGAGACAAGUGGAAGACCAUCCUGGAGAACCUGGGUUUCAUGGCGGAGGCGGAUUCCUUGCUGACGGUGUCGGCCACCGCGUCCUCCGACCGCAUGCGCAACGCAGCGGCCGCUCGCACCAUGCUGCACACCUUGUCCUCCGAGACCUCCCUUUUCGAAUCCAGAGAGCCUCCCCCCGAGAGAUACCUCUUCAUUCUGGAUCGUCUUAUAUAUCUCGACGUAGCGGACGACUUCCUGGCAAAGGCCAGGCGCUUCUACCCUCCUCGGGAUUCUGAUGAGGAAGAGGAGGGCUCAGGGCUGUCCAUUAACCUGCCCCUGUUGCUGGCCCGGAUGGAGGCGGGCGUGAAAAGAGGAGCGGACGGUGUUGACGAGGACGAUGAAGAAAGUGAAAGAGAAUAUUAGAAACCUUGAGGAGGAGGAGGAGGAGGAGGAGGAGGAGGAGGAGGAGGAGAUGGAGAAGAAAACUGUGGUCUGUGUUGCUCGACUGGCUUUAGUUGCGUCUUUCUCUCUUCCUAUUGGUGGUUCUCCACCACUGCUGUGUGGAGUUCAAAGUCUGAAUCCCAUCUUGUCCCAUACUCUUCCGUUAUUCAGAAAUAAAAUCCCAUCGGUGAUGAACAAAGUUGAGUUUCAGGUUUUUCUCUGGAGAGCAGUUUGUGUUUGUGUCUGUGUCCUGUGGUCCACAGAGUUAGAGGUUUUUCAUUUGUUCCCCUCUUUUACCCCGGGGCAUAUUAUGUUCAAAUAUGAAAAGGUUCCAUUUAUAAUUUGUCUUAUGAUUAUCAGCACUCUGCACUCUUUAAACCACAAGAUUUAUUUUUCAUUUACUAUCAUUCAGCAGGUCAAGGUCGAAUCGAACAAUUGCGAAUUGAACAUAACUCAUCAUAGCAUAUUUAUUCACGUUAUUAUUCUGGUAAAAGUAGUAGCAUACAGUAAUAAUUGUGAAAAGCGAUUACUGUAGUCAAACGUUUUUUCUUUUUUGAGUUUAAGAAAAGAAAGGACAAGUUGAAGGAUAUGGAGAGGAUGUGAUGAAUUCACCCCUUGUAAACUAUGGCCGUAAGUGAUUUUAGCCCAUGAGGAGAUAGUUAGAGUUUUGUAUUGUUCGUAUGUAUUGGCUGUUUAGAAUGAUGUUUAAAUAAAGUUGUCCAUCUAAAUCCGGACCACUGUGUUGCAUGCAAUUGUCAACUCUAGGUUCUUUCUCUCCUGGGUUUGAAUUAAAUAAGGAUAACUUAUAGCCUGUUCAGCAUUGAAACCUCUGAAAUGCCCGAAGACUUCACUUUUGAUGAGCAGGAGUGAUGAACAGAAUUGUCAUGCGACAAAACAUUGAAGCCGGCUUUCAAAGACGGGUGUUGUUGGACUUGUAGUUGGAAUUUUAGAAACAGCAGCACAGAGAAUACCCUGUGAGAGAAUACCCCUACAACUGCAAUGAAUAUUAUGCUUGUUGGGUUUGAGUUCAUUGAGUUGUUGCACUUAAUGUUGGGCCACUGUUUUUCAGUUUUGUGACAUCAUUGAAUGAUGAUGUAUGUGAGCCCUUCGCACUAACCAUUCAUGUGGCUGUUGGAGCAUGGCAAACAUGAAAUUAAUGUUUGUUUGUUAAAUUGACAUACUGUACAUAGGUUAUUAUUCUGGAAGAUUUUUUAGGUAGUGGCCAUUCCCCAAAUGCACCUAAAUACAGGAAAUCAUAUCUACCAAAUUCAAAAUUUUGUAGCUUCUCUCAGCAUACGUUUAGUUCAAGUGCGCAGUCAUGUGGCCCUCUGACGGUGAUGAUGAAAAAUGUGGCCCUCUUUAUCAUGAAAGUUGCCCAUCCCUGAUCAGCCUAACAU